AUGGCCAGUAGCAACCCAUAUCUUCUCGCCGCCGAUAAUCCAACGGCCCUCAUCACUCUUCUCCAGGAAAACCCAAGCUUGGCCUCUGGUCAAGACGAGCAUGGUUAUUCCCUUGUCCACGCCGCCGCGAGCUACAAUCACCUCGAACUUCUGCGCAGCCUGGUUCGCGACUUUGGCGUUGAUGUAAACCUGCGCGACGAGGACCAAGAGACCGCCCUCUUUGUCGUCGAGACCGUUGAGGCUGCCCAAGUGCUAGUCAACGAGCUCAAGAUUGAUUUCCUCGCCAAGAACGGCGACGGCCAGACUGCCAAGGAAAAGAUCCUCCAGGAGGGCGAUUUUCCCGAAGUGGCCGAAUAUCUCAACACCGCCGAGCCCAGCCGCGAGGGAGAUGGGCCCAACGGCGCUGGCAUCAACGGACAUGAGAACGACCUCCCUCAGCCUCCCCAGGGUAUGACUGUAUCUAUGGGCACCAUGGCCCCAGUUGACGAUAACGAUGCCGAGAUCGAUCCCGAAUUCCGGAGACGCAUUGAGGAGCUGGCUGAGCGGGAGGAUUUCCACACCGAGGCCGGUCAGGCCGAGCUCCGCCAGCUCGUCCAAGAUGCUGUCGCUGGUCGCAAUCUUGGAGACCGCAAUGUCAGGCAAAGACAAGAAUGA